CGCCGCCGCCGCGCAGCCCCAGCCGGCGGGAGCCGGGUGCUCACCAUGUCGGUUGCGCUCAGCAACAGGUUCCAAGGAGGGAAGGCUUUCGGUCUGCUCAAAGCCCGGCAGGAGCGGAGGCUGGCCGAGAUCAACCGGGAGUUUCUCUGUGACCAGAAGUUCAGCGAUGAGGAGAACCUGCCAGAAAAGCUUGCGGCCUUCAAAGAGAAGUACAUGGAGUUUGACCUGAACAACGAAGGCGAGAUUGAUCUGAUGUCUUUGAAGAGGAUGAUGGAGAAGCUUGGGGUCCCCAAGACCCACCUGGAGAUGAAGAAGAUGAUCUCGGAGGUGACGGGCGGGGUCAGCGACACCAUCUCCUACCGCGACUUCGUGAAUAUGAUGCUGGGCAAACGGUCGGCUGUCCUCAAGCUAGUCAUGAUGUUUGAAGGAAAAGCCAACGAGAGCAGCCCCAGGCCAGCUGGGCCUCCUCCGGAGAGAGACAUUGCCAGCCUGCCCUGAGGACGGUCCCCGUGCCCCAGACCCGGACCCGCCCUCCCCGCCCGCUCCGUCCUCCUUGUCCCAUUUGUUUGGUCCUUGUGGGUUUGUUUUUUUCCAUCCAUCUCUUUGUGAAGCACAAACCGUCUGCCUUCAGAGGGCUCUGGGGUGGGGACUCCUGAGCCCUGGGCCCCCUCCCUCCCUCCCUCCUUCCCCACUCCCUGUGCAAAGGGCUGACCUCAAAUGUAAACCAGAGGGCUGCACAGGGAGGCUGGGGCCUGCGUUCGCCGUGCUUGCAGUCCAUCCUCGCAAGGACUCUGAGCUCCGUCCAGGCGCGCCGGCCUUGUCCUGCACAGCUUCGUCAGGGUUUCCUGGGGCAGCUCCUCCUAAGUCUUCCAGGCCGCAGCUGCUCGUUGCCUCACUGCCCUAGCUGACCCCCCACCUUCACCCCUCCCUGGCCCACACCUCAUCUCAUCCUCAGCGGCCGGACAGAGGUGGGGAGGAAAGAGUCUGGCAAAUUGAGGCCUUUGGGGCAGAACCGGAAGGAGCCCCCUGACCUUGCUGCUUGGCCACCUCUCCAUGUAGCCCAGAGGGAGGGUGCAGCCCACUGUCCCUCCUGGGGCAGCAGAGAGCUCUGGAGGCAGGGUCGGCUCAGGGCGGGCCCACUUUUUCGGGAGGAUGCUGAGGGCCACGACAGGGUGGAAGAAUGAGGAGUAAAACGCUCCUGGCAAAGUCAGCACCGCCCCAAGCCAAGAGCCGGGAAACACAGGAGGUCCUUUUCCGGUCCCAGUCCGCUGGAACGCUGGCUGUGCCUCCCUCGUUUGCCUGCCUGCCUCAUUCACGCCAGUCAUUCAGUCACAUUCAUUUUCUCAGCAGCUAUUUAUUGACCACCUGUAUAAGCUUUAAGUCCCCCGACGCGGCCCCUCCAGGUGCUGUGUCCAUUGUUCUCCCACUCACCUCUCCCUUUCCCAAGUCGCUCAACACCUGGAGCGCGGGGAUUGGCCUGGGGUCACCUGUGUCCUUUCUCAUGGACUCACAGGAGUUUAGAGCUCUGACUCACCCUGUAGGCCAGCUGGGCCAGUCCUCACUUUACUACAGCGGCCCAGAGGGAGUAAGUGCCUUGCCCAAGAUCAGGGGGUUCAUGUGGAGCCCAGGGUUCAGGUGCCCUGCCCAUGCCUCAGCGCUGCUCUGGGCUGCCUUGGAAAGUGGUGAAAGCAGGGGAGGGGUGAGGGGGCCACACCUGGGGAAGGCGUCACUCCCUCCCUCCAGGGUUUCCCCAUCACCAGCAGUUCUGGAACAAGGACCAGGCUUGUGCCCACCGUUCAGCCUUGUCUACAGCUUCUUGGCUGAGCCUCAGAGAGCGGCUUCGCAGAACUGUAGGAACGUGUGACGCUCAGCCCCGUGUGGGCAGCCGUGAGCCCACCCGUGUUCUGGAGCCCCUACCUUGCCUGCACACGUUCAUUGAGCACUCAUUCGGCACGUGCUCUAGAGUUAAGAACCUGGUAGUGAAACCAAUAGGCUCAUGGGAUUGAGGGUCUAGUGUGGAGUCUAGAAUCCGACAAUGACAGUGAGAGGAAGGAGUGUGUGGGGUGUAUGUAGGGACGACUGCCCUGGGCUCCAGUCUGGGCAAGAGAUUUGAAGGCUUUGCAAACCGUAAGUAGAAGGGCUGGGGGCUCCCAGGAGCUCCUUAGGGACUCAUAUCCAAAGGCCCAAGGUGCUGGCCCUACAGCAGCUUGAGGGAGUGAAGCCAGAAGACGCAUCAGGACAUCGCCAGGAUCGGUUAAACCUCUGGUCUCAACCAGUUCAGCCUUGAUUGCUUGGCUACGACCGGCUGAUCUGCGGCUUCACAGGCCUAGUGGAAGUUUAACUCCGGCGAAGCAUUCCUCCCUGUAAAUGUAGAUUCCUGUCCUCACGCCCUGCCCUUCCUUCCCGACCCCCCAGAUGGACCGCCUGCCCCUGCCCCUUCCAGACCGGCUCCCCUUGCAUACUCCUCUCACUCAGAGUCCCGGAUCUGGAAGCAGCCAGGCUUAUUCCAGUGGGUUCUGCAGGGGCAAGGCUGCAGGGAAAGCCCCGUGAGGGAGGAGGCCAGCAGGUGUCCCCGGCUCUGGCGAGGGCAGGAGUGGGGUUCUCGUUGGACGGGGGUGACCUGGGAAACCCCAUCAGUUCCCGGGAGGGCGGAGGGUCUCCAGGGUGGGUGGUCCCCGCAGAGGAGGGCCUGCACAGAUCGUAGGGUGUGGCUAAUGACUGUAGGGAGGGCUCUUCUCUGGCUAAGGCUCACUCGGCUUCUUGGGGCGCCACCCGUCUUCCUUCUGAAAAGACCAAAUCUCACUCACGUAACCAGCCACGUGGGGGCUUUGUCCCUGCGACUUCACAGUUUGUCGGGCAAAUUCAGAUGAAUGCCGUGUGUGCGUGUGUGUGCACGUGUGUGCAGGGGGCGGGCUAUCUCCACAGAUUGGAAAUAAACCAGACAA